ACCUCCCAGCAGUCGUUGGAUCCUGGGCGAGUUUCGCUGCAAAGAAGAAGAAAAAAAGAAAAGAAACAGCCCACAGUGGUUCAAGCUUCAGUCUAUACAGCAGAGCAAAGCACAGCGCAACAGCUUACCAUACAGGAAGGAGAGCAGGUGCCAGCGCACUCUAAACUACUCAUUAUUUUACUGAUGAGACAACAGGAGCGAGUGAGACAGCAGCUGCUGACAGAAGCUGACCUGCAGAUCGACGCAGUUGGUGUUCAAUUGGAGGAAAUCUGCUGGACAUGGAUUAUUGGUGCCCUUCUUCGCCGCUUUGGAUUUAGUUAGUCCCUGCGACCUUUUUUUACGUGUAGUUCCCGGGGACGCCAAGAACAGGUGGAUCCUGUUUCUGUGUCAGGCUCAAACCGGCUUCCAUUGACCGUUCACCUUUAUGGGGAAUCAGGUGGAGAAACUAACGCAUCUAAAUUACGCGGAGGUGCCAACGUCGGACCCAAAUGGGUUCGACCCGGAAGACGACGGACCGCGGAUUGGCGUGUCUUACAUUUUUUCCAACGACGACGACGAUGACCAGGACGAGAAUUUUGAUCACUUUCCAGCGGACAAACACCAGGUAAACCAUGAAGAGAAGCCCUUUGACCCCCGGGACGAGCUGGAGUGCGCGAUCUAUUAUCGAGAGGAGUGCGUCUUUGAAAGAAAAACCGGAGCCGCGACUCACUCCGCGGAAAGUCUGAUGAACAAGUGCAGACCGGGAGACCUGCUGGAGUUCGUGGCCACUGGACAGUAUCCGCACUGGGCUGUUUACGUCGGGGACUUCCAGGUGGUUCAUUUGCACCGGGCUGAAAUCAAGAACAACUUUCUCACCGACGUGAGCCAGGGUAAACAAGGCCGGAUAGUGAACAGCCUCUACAGGUACCGCGCGCUCCCGCCAGAGGUGAUUGUGCGCAACGCGCUGGACCACGUUGGGUCAAGAGACAGGGAGCUGUACUGGAGAAAUUCUGAGUGUUUUGCAGCCUGGUGCCGCUUUGGCAAACGGGAAUUUAAAAUCGGAGGGGAGAUCAGGAUUGGAAAGCAGCCGUACAGGUUAAAACUGCUGUUUUCAGAGAAGAAAAGUCACGUCCUUGAAUUUCAAAGCCUGGAAGACGUGAUCAUGGAAAAGAGGAGGAACGAUCAGAUUGGUAAAGGUGCCGUGAUGCAAGAGCUGGCCAACCAUUUGAAUACAACACAUGAAAUCAAAGAGGAGAAUUUUGUUAACUGACACUGGAUGCUCUGGUCAUCUGGAGAGGAUUUGAGGUUCCGCGGUGAUGUUCCAUGCUCCAUUUAAGCGCUUAGCCCAUGAGGUCACGUAAACGUGUACACUGUGCCAACAAAUGUGCAUAUUCAGAGGGAGUUUAUGGUGCAUCAUGAAAAUAUUUUUCACCCACUGUAAGAGGAAUUUGUGACUUCCAACUAAAAUGCUUUAACAAAGAUCAGCGGGGUUAAAGCAGCAUUUCCAUACCUUAAUUUGCAUUGAAAACAAAUAAAAAUGAACACACCCCAGUGGCAAAUAUCCCUCCCUCCUUUUAUAAGAAAAUGAGAUUUCAGUCUCAACCCCGGGUUAAGCAACUUGUUAUGGCGGAUACAAUUUGCAUUGGAGCUUCACCUGCAGUCUAAUCAGUCGGGAAUGAAGUUAGAAAUUAACUGUCCUUAAUUAUUUUUCUAAUCCAGCAAUGCUUUGCAGAGAGGAGCAAAAAACUGUCCUUUUAGUCCUGACUGACAAGAGUGCUCAAGCUGCUUGCUCCUGUACAACUCAGGUGUUGGAGACCAACCCACAGAGUGGAAGAGAGAGACUGCUACUCAACGUUAUGGUGUUUCAAGCUGGUGGAUUGCCUUCUGUUGCUUUAUAUCCAAUCAUCACACAGCUUUACCUUCUCUUGGACUACUUUGUGGACACUGUUGACAGCUAUGACUGGGCACUUUUAUUAAUUCACCUGUUACAACAGUUUAUUUUUUGAAGUAGAAAGAUGUUUGUAUGAAGGAUUAUGGAAAUAAAUAUAUAUUUGAAGAGUAA